AUGGUCAUAAGCACAGAAGGCCGCCAACCGGACGGUCGAACGUGGCGCAACUACUUCCCAGACGGUGAUCUAUGGUCUAUACAAGAACAAGAGCUAACAUAUGAAAAGGAGCCUGAUCUGGAAGCCACCUCCACAUUAUGCACUGACCAUCGAGGUACUCCAGAAAAGCCAGGACGUGUGGUAACUGUAAUUGAACGAGAAUUCUGGGAGACUUUAAACGAUCCGCAAGCACACCAUGAAACCUCCAGCUCAUCGACAUCCCGAGUCUGGGGCGCAGCGUAUCAUAUCCCCGCUUCCCACGCCGAGGAAGUCCACGACUAUCUUGAUGAGCGCGAAAUAGACGGCUACUCGGUGCACUACACCCCCUUUCACUCCUUUGAGUCAACAGAAGCAUCUGGACAUGGCCCGGUGCCUUCAAAAUCCAUCACUUGUAUGGUUUAUAUUGGUCAGCCGACAAACCCGCAGUUCUUGCGCGACCCUGCUCGUAGGGAGCCCCAGGACGUGGCUGAGGUGAUCAGUCAUGGUAUGGGCCAGAGUGGCAAGAAUACGGAGUAUCUUUAUCUAUUGGAGAAGGCACUUGAGAGCGUGGGGCUGGGAAGUGCCGAUGGACAUGUCACGGACUUGGUUGAGAGGGUGAAAGCGAUUGAAAAUGAGGACGAAGUGGCACGAGAAGAGGAGGCGGCCCAAAGAAAUUUAGAAAAAUCUCUUGGUCAAUCCGAGAAGGCCCAUCGGAAUGUCGCAAGUGAAUAG